AUGAUUAGUCUCGGCCUCAUCGACUUUUGGCGACUCGAAAACCCCGAUCUGCGUGAGUUUACGGGUCCCAAGUCCAAGAAUCGCAUCGACUACUGCUUGGCUAUUAUCGAGUUUUACGACAAGUUUUUAUGA